UAUACCUUUUACUCGCACUUCGGCUGAAGCAGUCGGCGGAUGAAUUUUGGGCCAACGAGGCCGCCGUUGGAGGGGCGUGGCAACGCACCCGCGUUCCGGCUGAUGCAGUUCACGUGCGGGCAGCCGGGGAACUUAUUAGAGCUACCAUGGACCAGCCGGGGACUUUGAACCUCAAUAACGAGGUUGUGAAGAUGAGAAAAGAAGUGAAGAGAAUCCGAGUUUUGGUUAUCCGAAAACUUGUCAGGAGUGUUGGCAGACUGAAGUCAAAAAAGGGUACCAAAGAUGCACUGUUGAAAAACCAAAGACGAGCACAACGAUUGCUUGAAGAAAUUCAUGCCAUGAAGGAGUUGAAACCUGAUAUAGUAACUAAAUCUGCUCUUGGUGAUGAUAUCAACUUUGAAAAAACCUGCAAAAAGCCUGAUUCUACUGCAACUGAAAGAGCAGUUGCCAGACUAGCAGUGCACCCUCUUCUGAAGAAAAAAAUAGAUGUGUUAAAAGCUGCUGUCAAAGCCUUUAAAGAUGCAAGACAAAAUGUUGUUGAAGUUAAGUCAUCAAAGAAUGCUUCAGAAGAAAAUCAUUCCAAGGACACUUUGUGUUCAAAUGACGAUGCCAGUAAGUUACAGCAUGAAGGAACUAUUAUCAGUGAGCAAGAAGAGAAAGAAGCCAAAAUAUUGGCAAAGAAACCAAUAAAUAAUUCAAAAGAAAAAAUAGCCAAGAUGGAGCAUGGACCCAAAACAAUGGACAUUCCAAAUUCUCUAUCAAAGCCUUCUGAAAAAGAUUCUGCAGUACCCUCUGAACCCCAGAAAACACCUACUGACCCCAAAAUGAAAACAUUUAGUCAAACCAAAAAAGAGAAAGAGUCCAGUAGCUCCCUUGGUGUUAACAGUGAUGGAGAAGAAUUACAUGAAGAAGAGAAGGAAUAUUUUGAUGAUAGCACAGAAGAAAGGUUUUACAAACAGUCUUCCAUGUCUGAGGAUAGUGAUAGUGGUGAUGACUUCUUCAUUGGGAAAGUCAAACGGACACGGAAGAAGGAAAGUAGUUGUCAUUUUUCAGUUAAGGAACAAAACCCCCCCAAAAAAUUGUUGCCUGAAGAAGAUAUACUUGAAACCCAUCAGGAUAUGAGAAGUGAUAAAAACAAGCCACGUUCAGAAGCAAGGAAGUUUGAAUCAGUGUUUUUCCAUUCUUUAUCUGGCUCUAAAAGCUCUGGAAGAAAUUACAGAGAACAGGCUCCAAGAAGCAAAAUCCCAGAUUUUCAGCAAAUUGAACCUCAGAUCAAUAAUCAGUUUAAUAAGAGUGCACGAAGAGGACCUGAAAAUACAAAACAGAAAUCACAGCUGCCUCUUCAUCCUUCAUGGGAAGCAAGCCGGAGGCGAAAAGAACAGCAAUCCAAAAUUGUUGUGUUUCAGGGGAAAAAAAUUACCUUUGAGGAUUGAUUAGUACUGUUUUUUUGUGAACUUCUCUAUCGAAAAUUUGUUUUUCUUUUUUUAACCUUUUUUUUUUUAACCAGCCCAUUAUUUAAAUAUGUAUUUGAAUAAGUCUCUUUGAAUGGGUUAUAGAAAUGAGUUUGGUUUCGUCUUUUUUUUUUUUAAGUGUGUUCAAGUUAUGUUUAAGCUUCCACAAAUAAAGUGCAUACUUAAAUUAAUUUUAAAUAUGUCAAGACUAUUCCCUCUAUAAAAGAAUAUUGAGAUA